AUGGCAUUGAAACUGUUUCAAGAGAUGGUAGAUAAUAAGUUGGAUCCAAAUAUGGUAAGUUACAAUAUUCUCAUUGAAGGCUUGUUCAUCGGUGGGAAAGUUGAAUAUGCAAGGGAUAUCUUCAGUGGUUUAUCAUCAAAAGGACUUCUACCCAAUGUCAAGACUUACAAUAUAAUGAUCAGUGGAUUUUGUAGUAGCGGGCUAACAACCGAAGCGGAGAUGUUGCUUCAAGAAAUGAAAGACAAGGGCUGUUCUCCAGAUGGUUGCAUCUAUAACACCAUUAUCCGAGGGUUUUUCAACAACAAUGAGACGUCAAGGGCGAUGGGACUUAUUCAACAAAUGGUGGAUAUGGGCUUCUCUACGAAUGCUUUUACCGCAAAAUUGAUAAUUGAUUUACUCUCUAAGGAUGAAGUAGAUCUAGCUUUGUUGCCAUUGAUAAGAAAAGAAUUAUGA